AUGACGUCCAGGAGUCAAUCUAGCCUGGCUUUUGUGGAUAUGGCCAAGGAGGAAUCUUCCGCUCCCCCGUCUGCCGCUUCUGGGGGCCCUUUCUCCUUCAAUCCCCAGCAGACUUCUUCAUCGGGUGGAAUGAAUUUAUCGGGGUUGGUAUGCAAUGUUCGUCGGACGACAGGGAAGGAGCCACAUCCGUUGGUGGGUGCCACGACCACCAUCUUGGGUGAUAAGUUAUAUGUCUUUGGCGGCCGUGUGCUCUCUAGGAGCCGUCCCAAGUUGACAUCUAAUUUGUACGAAUUGGAUCUGAUACAGCGGCACUGGACAAAAAUUGAAGCGACCGGGGAUAUCCCCCCCCCUCGUUACUUUCACAGCGUAUGUGCCCUGGGCGACAGCAAGUUGGUUUGCUAUGGAGGCAUGUCCCCGACAAUAUCCAGCACAUCGCAGGAGCAAGCAAAUGGGAACGCCCCAAGUCAAGAGACACAGCCGGAGGUCAUGGUCAUGUCUGACAUACAUAUAUUUGACAUUCCGUCACGAACAUGGACCCAAGUUUCUGCAAACGACUCACCGCAGGGGCGGUACGCCCAUUGUGCAACAAUCCUACCCUCGAGUGCCUGCUUCACGUCCGCCCAUGCUCCAUUGUCCGCCAUACAUCAUAACCCCGCAUCCGACCAACCGCAUCAGGGCUCAAUUGGCGUGGAUAUUGAUAGCUUUGGUGGGGCAGAAAUGGUGAUUGUCGGUGGACAGGACAGUUCGAACCAUUACAUUGAACAGAUCAGUGUGUUUAAUCUUCGCAGCUUAAAGUGGACCAACACCAGCCCUCUGGGAAGAAGCUGCGGUGCUUAUCGGAGUGUUGUAGCUCCUCUGAUUGGGAUGGACGUCUCCGAGAUUGGAUCAACUUCGGUCGACAAGGAAGCCCAUGAACCAAUAGAGCCGUCGCAGGUCAACGGUUUUCCCAUGCUGAUAUACUCCAACUACAACUUCCUGGACGUCAAAUUGGAGCUGCAGAUCCGAUUGCCGGAUGGUCGACUAAUCGAAAAGCCCAUGCACAGUCAGACCUCCCCUCCGGGACUGAGAUUCCCCCACGGCGGCAUCAUAAACGGACAUUUUGUCGUCAGCGGUACCUAUCUCACCUCUUCGAAGCAAGAGUAUGCGCUGUGGUCGUUGGACCUCAAGUCCCUCACCUGGAGUCGGAUUGACGUUGGGGGCUCUGUCUUCAGCCAGGGCAGUUGGAAUCGCGGUGUCCUGUGGCCCAGAAGAAGCACCUUUGUGAUCCUCGGCCACCGGAAACGGAGCCUCGUCGAAGAUUACAAUCACCGCCGGAUCAACUUCUCUCAUGUGUGUAUGGUGGAAUUGGAAGCAUUCGGGCUAUACGACAACCCAUGCAGGACCUCCCCCACUUCUGGAUAUGUGUCGUACAGUGCGCCACCAGCUCCCGCAUCCCUUCAACAAAAGCUCACACAGAUGACAUCUGGUGGGCGGCCGUUUACCUCUGCAUCGGACGAACUAGGGAAAUUCGCGUUGUCCCUUCCCGAGAUGGCAGAUAUGGAGCUCCAGGCAGUUGAUGGACAGCGGAUAGCUGUAAAUUCGCGGAUCCUAAGCCGAAGAUGGGGUCCUUAUUUCAUCCAGCUUCUGAGGGAGUCGUCUGAUAGUGCAUCUGAUUCUGCCACUUUUCGCCCGGGAGCGAAUAUUUAUGCGAGCCGCAUCUCCAGCCUCACCAUCAGACCCUCCAUUGACGACCGUUAUUCAAGCGGUGCUCCCACCCUAACCAGUAACUCCCAAGGCGCAUUGAAGUCGUCUCUGGCGAAUCUCGAGUUACCGUCUGCCCACAGCUUACCUCCUACGUCACGACCUCGCGUGCUCUAUCUUCCCCAUACCUUCCUGACCCUGCAGGUUUUUGUCCACUACCUCUACACGUCGUCACUGCCGCCUGCUGGUUCUCCACUGUGCACGCCACAGAUUCUCUGCUCACUUCUUCAGAUCGCACGACCAUACAAAGUGGAUGGCCUUCUCGAGGCUACGGUUGAACGCCUCCACCAGGUUCUUGAUGGUAGGAACGCCGCCGCUGUCUUCAAUGCGGCUGCCAUGGCCGCAGGAGGCGGUAGAGGCACGGGAUUUGCCGGCGGACUUAGUGGCACGCUCGAGGUACUCCAUGGAGCACACGGAGCGGCAGAAUAUUCAACGGCCUCCACGGAGGAAGACGCUUCGCAGCACAGUGUGUUCGUCUCCGACUCGUCCGACACGGAACAUGGCACGUCUUCUUUUUCAAUUAACAGCAGCAGCGAUGCCAGUGUGGUCGCUAACUCCUCCCUUGGACGAUCCAAUUCCCGAGGCGUGCCACUUACCAUCAACACAAACCUCUCCAACCGCAGCCAGCGCAGUAUAACUAGUUUCGAUAGCAAUCAGUCCCAUGAUAGAGACCAUGACUCGGUCCACACACCCAGCACAGCAACUUCCGUGUCGACAAGUGCUAGCUUCAGUCAAUCAGACUCGGAAGUUGGGCAGACGACACCGAGUAGCGACCACCCCCUCCGUUCGCGGCAUCGACGAUGCAACGCCGACGCCCAGAUUCAUAGAGAAGACUGGGAGAUUUGGGCUGGGGAUCUCAGCAGCGUGAUCGGGCUGCAAAAGAGAGGGCUUCGGGGCCUCAUGGAAGGACGGAGAUUGAGGGAGCGCGGGACGAAGCCGCCUAGUACCAGUACCGCAGGGACCGGGGUAGGGAUGUUUCACCAGAGCCAGAGCUCUUUUGAUGACCAUAGCAGCGCCUCAAAUGGGGGUUAA